AUGUCAUUCCGCAAAGCACCUCUCGAGCGCCCCAAGCCACAACCCCUCUGGGAUUCAGGCACACAGCCUCGCGAGUUCACCUCUACACCACCCUUCCACACCUACGAUGGCUCAUACCAAAUGUCACGCGGUUGUGAAGACAAGAGUCACUGGGCGGAUCACGCGAACGUGCUUGAAAGGUACGACACCUUCUACUUCCCUUCCCCUCCCUUCCGCUGCUCUCUGUGUGAGAUCUUCGCUGACUCCGGUGCGGAUAGUCGAAAGAACUGCUCGGCUGUACGAGCCUAUGGUUAUGAUAGCUUCGGGCACAUCAAAUUAGUGCAUGCGGAUAGUGAGGAGGCACAGGAGGUGAGGGAUGCUAUCUCGCCACCAAAGACUCGUGAUGAGUCGACGUACAUACCGAUGCCCGAACGAAGACGCCCCUCCGCCAGAUAUUCGGACGCUCUAGGACCUGCUGCAAUGUCGCGGACGAGCCACCUCACCACCGCAAUGGACGGGAGUCUGUCGCCGGGGGGCACUAGUACAUCGGUGGAAGCCGAGCUAGGAAACUUCUGGAAGCAAGUCCCAUGGUCGGGAGGCAAGGAGGAUCAGUCAGGCCCAUAUCAAGCCGAAUCUUCACAAUCACCUUGGUGGCACCACGGAUCUCCUUUCCGCAGCUCUCAGCCGCAACACGAGAUCAACGAGCUCUCCUCAGCUGGAUGCUCCAUGCCCGGUGCUUUCGCUUCCGAUGCACCGCGGCCUUCAGACUCCUUCGCACCCUCCUCCCUCACAUCUCGCACAGCCACGAUGGAGGAGAUCCGUCAACUGCGCGCCUCAGUCGAGAAGCGAGAUGCACAAGAGAAGCGCGAGACGCGAGAGAAAUUCCGAUCGCGCGAACAGCUCACAUACCGUGAGAGAUACCAGGCCGAGAAGGAGGCGGUGGCGGAGAAAAAAGCCGCCGCUGCCGAGGAGAAGAGGAAGCAGGAAGAUUUGAGAUCGGCGACUGUGCGGUUCGCGAAGAUGGUGCUGCAAGAUGGUCUGGGAGUGCGUCGUACUGGCAGGUUCCUCUCGCAAUUGAGGAAAGAAGCGGGGGAGAAGACCUCUUGUGAUGGGGGUGCGAGGAUGGGAGCGCGGGGAUCGGAGACUGGGGAGGUGGUGCCGAGUGAGUCUAUUAAGGAGUCUGUAAGGAAUACGAUGCAAGUACCAGUAUCCAAAUGUGAUGCCCCGACGAACGCCAAGCUCGGCUCUACUGAACGAGUGAGCGAAAGCCCGCUUGAGAAGAAGAAGACUCCACAGAAGUCUACCGAUCAGCCGCCGCCAACGAACCAGGCGGGUGGUAUAGCCAGGCUAUGGACGCUCGCCAGGGAGCGCCAGCAAGAUGUCAAGGACUCUAGGGAUUGGGUUCAGGUUGAGGAUGAGGAGGAUUUCGUGGCGGUUAGUAAGGAUGAAGUUAUGGGGGAUGCCGAGGAGAUGUCUGGAAAGGGGAAGAAGUGGCAGGUUGUCUCUCAUGAUGGCGAGGAUAUGGCUGAAGAGAGUGAGCGGGACAUGGAUAUGUCGUGA